UUGAGUUGCUGCGGCUCCAUGCUGCCUCCCUCUCCCCUCUCUGCUCCUGCUAACCACAAUGGCCAGGCUUGUGUGAGCAGGGAGCUGCCUCCCAGUGCACGGACGCGCCUCGCAGCAGCAGCAGCAGCAGCAGCAGCAGCGGUUCCACGGACGCUCGCCACUGAAGGAAUAUGACAAACAUCUGGAUAAAAGAUCAAUGUGGCUGCUGAAGCCGGGCUCUGGCGCAGUCGUCUCUGUUGUCGUGGAUUCUUGAGGCCUGUCGCUAUAGCAACCCCCUCCCGCUCCUGAGCCCCGCUGCCAGCUCCCCCUCUCCACCGCACGAGCCUCUCCUCACCCCCCUGGCCAACCGCCAGCGCCGAGCCGCGUUGGGAUGGACACCGAGUCGACCCACUCGGGCUACUCCUAUCACUCCAGCCGAUCCGGGAGGUCGGCCCGACCCGGGGAUCGCAGUCGCGAGCGGCACAAACCCAGCAGCAGCAAAGACAGCAGCCGCUCUGAGCGGUCGGUCGUCAUCAACCCCCCCGACACGCCGUCCCAGGAGUCGCCCGUUCACAACGGAGAGCCGCUGCCCGGGGAGCCCACGCCGGCGGCGGAGCACGGGGAUGAAGCCCAGGACGACAACUGGGGGGAAACCACCACCGCGGUGACGGGCACCUCAGAGCUGAGCGUGUCCCAGGAGGAGGUCGUUGGCCUGGGGAAGGGCAUGCACGGCCGGACCGUGGGCCUCCGCCGCUACCUGCCCCUGGCCGUGGUGUCGUGCGUGGGGCUCCUGGUGCUGGCCACGCCGCUGGCCUUCCUGCUGCUUCCGACCGUGAUGUGGCCGGGGAGCACGCAGACGUGUGAGGCAGCCUGCGAAGGCCUCUUCCUCUCCAUCUCCUUCAAGCUCCUCAUCCUCCUGGUGGCGGUUUGGGCCUUGUUCUUCCGGCCGGGCCGGGCCAGCCUGCCCCGGGUCUGCGUGUACCGUGCCUUCCUCAUCACACUCACCCUCCUGCUCACCAUGUCUUACUGGCUCUUCUACGGGGUCCGGAUCCUUGACUCCCAGCCAAACGGCGACUACCAUGGGAUCGUCCAGUUCGCCGUGUCGCUCGUGGACUCCCAGCUGUUCGUCCACUACCUGGCUGUGGUGCUGCUGGAGCUGCGUCAACUCCAGCCCUGCUACAGCAUGUGCGUCAUCCGCUCCACAGAUGGGGAGACGCGCCACUACAACAUAGGGCAGCUCAGCAUCCAGAGGGCUGCUCUCUCUAUCUUAGAGUAUUACUACAGAGAUUUCCCUCUUCACAACCCGGCGCUUCUUUCUGCCUCCAAGCAAAGGGCGGCCAAGCACCUGGCGGGCUUGAAGGUCUACAACGUGGAUGCCCCGGGGAACACAGCCGGGGCCCAGUCUGGUAAUGGGAAUCAGUCACGGGCCAUGGUCACAGCUGCUGCCAAACGCAAAGACAGCGCCCACAAUGAGCUGUACUACGAAGAGGCCGACUACGAGAGACGGGUCCGCAAACGGAGAGCCAGGCUGGUAGUGGCUGUAGAGGAGGCCUUCACACACGUGCGGCGCAUGAAGAAGGAGGACGAGCGUGCCACGCCCUCCGACAUUAUGGAUGUGCGGGAGGCAGCUCUGGCCAUAUUCCCCUCCAUGGCGCGCUCCCUGCAGAAGUACCUCCGUACCACCAGGAGGCAGCACUGCCACAGCAUGGAGAGCAUCCAGAAGCACCUGGCCUUCUGCCUCGUCAAUAACAUGAGCCCUAAGGCCUUCCUUGAGACCUACCUGGCCCCCGGUCCCACCCUGCAGUACGGCCCUGAGCGCUGGAUGGCUGAUCAGUGGACUUUGGUCAGCGAGGCGUCUGUCACCAGCGGGGUAAAGGACGGGACGGAGUUCCUGCUCAGGUGUCUCGACUUCAGCUUGGCCGUCACCGUCAAGAGCAUCCCUUACAUCCGAGUGACGGAGGAGUACAUCGACCCCAAGUCCCAUAAGUUUAUACUGCUGCUCCAGUCGGAAACCUCGGUUUAACGCCUGGCUUGUUGGUGCUGGGUGUGAAACAGGACUGUUAUGCUUCCCUGACAGACUUUUGUACCGUUUUUGUACUCAUGCUUAUGUGUUUUUUUUACAUGGAGUAUCUUUGUGUCCUUGUGGAUGGUUCUAGGAGACAUGAAGGGUGAUGACAGAAGACUGGAGGGAAUGUGCUUGGACUUGUCUGUCCUGACAUUUAUAGACCACAGAUCAGGUAUUUCUCUAUGCACAUCAGACCCACCAUGUUUCCACAGUUUGCAUGCAGCAGUGUGUGUCUGCAUGGGAUAGGUAAUGACUUAGGAGGUGUGUGAGUGAUUUAAGUGUGUGAGGUAUAUACUGUACCAGGGGUCUGUCUCAGCUUCCCAUCCCCUUCUCUCACCUAAGUUAUUUACCGUCCUCUAUCACAGUAUGUACAGUAUUUAUAUGUGAAUAUACUUUAUCUUGCCAGACUUUUAUAUCAAGAUCGUGCUUUGAUUGAAUGUUUUUAUACCUUGUCUUUUUUGGCUGUGUUUGUGGCGAUAAAUGGACUGUAAAUAUCUGAAGACCUGUUUUCUGGAGUAUUUUGAACUGAACGCCAACCAUAGCACAACUGACUGUGUAGCCAAUAGAUUGUGAACGAACACGUCUGUGGAGUUAAGUGUGUGCAGUGUCAGAUGAUCUGUAGCUUUGAGGCUCAUGGUUGACAUUUUUAUAUAUGUCGUUUGAUACCAUUUGUUUUCAAAAAGACGUUUUCAGGCAUAUGAGACAAUGUAUGAAAUGUAGGAGUUGUUUGUGUCCGGAGCAAAAAUGUGACUCCUUCUUCAAUAUAAUAACAAAUCAAGAAUUAAUUGACUCUUAUCUUACAUCUCAGUAAAUUGAAAUGUCAGUAUUUUGUUUGUGUCUCACUGCUGCCACCUCUCUCACACUACUGGAAUAGCGACUGUCCUGUGCAUCAGUCGGUCUCUCUGGAUGUGGACGGUACGUUUGUAAAUGUCGCUGGCCCAGUAGUGAUGUUUAGGACUUCGGAGUGUUUUGGUUGUAAAUACUUACUACUUGACUACACAUGUGCCUCAGUUUGACAUAUGUAGGAUCUGCUCAUUAGACAUUUUCAAAUGUGUGUGUGUGGAUGUGUGUGAGAGAGUGAGAGAGAGACAAUGGGACCAUAUUGAAGAAUCCCAGUUGCUUUUCUAAGUGUAGGUGACAAGUUGAGUCCUACAUCGUCAUUUUUUAUAACAAAACAUGUAAAACUGCAGAAGCUGUGUUGAAGUCAUUUGUAAAAACACUAUAAAUAAAUAUUUGUACCGAC